GGAUAUAAGAGAUACACAGAGUGAUGAUCUGCCUCCUUCCGAAUUUCUUCAAGAGACCCAAAUACCUCCUUUACGUUUUCCUGUCGAUGCAUUUUCACCUCCUCUCCGAAGAUAGAACAAACGCACGCCGAUCUCCCGUCGAAUGGGUAGCCUCCCCCUCUGUUAUACAUCGACGGGCUACGUCGAUACCUGCCUCAUCAGGUCGCGAACAACCUCCACUCAAUACACAGCUGAGUACGCAUGUCCGGCGCGACACUGCGCCUGAAUCGAUUAAUGUCAGUGGACAUGAACAUAGUUCCAAUAGUAAACCCGUCCUUGCUGCGGGUGCGAAAAACAAGGAACUUGCAAGAGUUGCAGGUCAAAGUGUUCCUACAAAGCGACAGCGUAGUCCAUAUGUGAAGUGGAGUAAGGAGGAAGACGAAAUGCUCGCACAGGCUGUUGCAAAAUAUGGGCAAAAGUGGGACCUGGUUCAAAAAGCUCUACCUUCGAGAGGGUAUCAUCAAGUUCGUCAACGAUGGCUGCGCAAACUCGGUGUUUUUGACAGCAAACCAGAUUUGUCGUCAUUCCAGACCAGUAGCUUUUCAUCAGGGACGAGACCACCGAAUGGGGAAUUGGGAUCCCCUACUCCUAGCGAGCCACCUCCCAAUCCGAAAUUAGGACUUGCACCUCUAAGCAGCGAGUUGGCAUUUGUGACGUUCAACUCCAGAGGUCCUUCAAUCCGGGAGGCCAGUUAGCCAAGUGUAUCGUAAGAGAUUUAGUGCAGUAUUUACAGGAUGAUAUUUUUUUCUCUCUUCCGCUUAUUCCAUUUUUUUUGGUUGCAUUGGAUUCAAUCUAUAUAUAUCUGAUAUUCAAUCUAUCUUUUGUUGUAGGCAUGUGUGUAUGUAUUUUAGCUGUGAUUGUAGAAGUGUUCUCCCGACACAUGUACUUGUUCAGUAUGAGGUUUGGCACCUCUGUACCGAGUCGACCACCCUUACGCAGCACUUUGGGGAGGUUCCCACGCAUCGUCAGAUGGGUUUCUUUGAAGGGAGUACUAUCGUUGGACACCGGAUGCAACCGGUAAGAGAUAUGCACUUGGGCCUCCAGAGGCUCAACGAUCACUGUACAGGUAGCUAGAAAAUUGUUAGAUGUAGAAUAUAGUAUAUAGAAUAUAAUUGUGAAAGAAUUUAGUGAAUAGCUUAUCUGUAGCAACAACGACAGACCUGACACUAUGCUCUUGAACUCCAGAAGUGUGAAUUUUGAGGGAAAGAUGGCCAGAUUUGACCAGAUCUCGUGCUGGGAAUAUUGCAAUAUCUUUCUAGAAAACGUCAAUAGGUAGGCCCCUACAAUGCCAGAUACUUACUGAGCUGAUUGGGGCCUCAAAGCGUCUGGAGAAACGAAAACAAUGAUGGAGUCGUGACUAGGCGACCGAAACAGGCAAUCACACACCAAGAU